GUUGCGGCUCGGAGGCGGGGCCGCGACUCCCGAGACGACACCCGUGUCCCUCUCACGCAGGAAGUGGUAACAGGACGGGCGGACAGGUAGAGCGGCGCUGCCUCGGCUCCUCUGUACUCUCGCUCGUUCGCUGCACUGAAAUGGCCGCGCUGCAGCUGGACUUCGGGCCGCUGAAGGAGCCGAUCGGCUUCAUCAAGAUCCUGGAGUGGGUAUUUGCAAUUUUUGGAUUUGCAACAUGUGGUGGGUUCACUGGCCAUACUGCGUUGAAAGUGAAAUGCAAAAAUGAGAGUGGUCUUCAAGAAUUUAAAGCAAACUUCCAGUAUCCAUUCAGGCUGAAUACUGUUAUUCUGCUACCCCAGAAGACAUGCAAUAGUAGUGUAGCAACCCAUCUUGUAGGAGAUUUUUCAUCCUCUGCUGAAUUUUUUGUUGCCAUCGCAGUCUUAGCCUUCCUCUAUUGCAUGGCCGCUCUUGUUAUCUACGUUGGUUACCUCCAUGUGUAUCGUGAAGGCAAACGUGGUCCAGUAAUUGACUUCAUUGUGACAGUGAUUUUUGCCUUCUUGUGGUUGGUCAGCUCUUCAGCUUGGGGUAAAGGCCUCACUGAUCUCAAAUACAGUACAAAUCCAAAUAUCCUCAAGGACAGCCUUUCACUCUGCAAGAAUGAAGCUGUGUGUACUCCUUCAACCGUGUCUGGCAUGGGAAGUUUGAAUGUGUCUGUGGUGUUUGGCUUUCUUAAUCUGAUUCUGUGGUGUGGAAAUGCCUGGUUUGUGUACAAGGAAACAAGCUGGCAUGCCGAGCCAGGACAACAUCAGGAUCCAGGGAAUGUGGCACCACCGGCUCCAAAUUCAUAGAUGGCAGUUAAAAGAUUGUUGAGUGUGUUUACAACCUCUACAAAUGAUUCAUUUUGCUUAUAACACUGCAGAAGCUUUUUGGGAAACUAUCUAUCAUACCUGUUUAUUCACUGUUCGUGCUGUUGUAUCAUGUGCCUUUUUGGAGCUGGAUGAGGGAGAGAAGAGAAAAGGAAUAUGUGUAGUCCCAUUUAAGUGUUGAGGUUUCCAGUGCAAGAAUAUUCAGAGGCAUUGUCAAUAAUACAAUUAGUGAUCUGUUACAUCACAAGUACAUAAUACAGUGGAGCCCUUUCAGAAUAUCUUAUUUUCUCCCUGCGUUGCUGUUCCCUGAAGAGUAUUUAUCAUGUACACAUACAAUGAUCAUUCAGUGAAUAUUUGUCAAAUACGCUGUUCUCCUAUUUCAACUUGAUGGCAAAUUUGAAAGAAGAUUUGUAUGUAUCAAACCAUUAUUGAAUUGAGAAAGUCUCUGCUGAUUAUGAUGUACAAUUUGAUUAUUAAGUACACAAUUGGAUUCACGUGGUCUGCAUUAUAUUGUAAGCAAUUUUUUUUGCACAGGAGAUGUUGCUCUUUAAUGGGCUCUGCUAUGAAACAAUUUAAAACAUCAUGUUAAAGAACACUUCCAUUUUUUUUCUGUUUGUUACAGAAAUUAUAAAGAAUUAAUGCCAUGUGGCUUAAUCUGUAUGUUUCAUUUUCAUGGGUGUUAAGUCAAAACUUCCUCUGCUUAAUGAUGUCACCUUUUCAAAUUUCAUGAGUUCUACCCUAAGCUGGUCAAAUUUUGUUUUAAUUGAGGAUAGUGGCAAAUGUACUUGUCUUUAUUGCUCAUAUUAAUUGUGAAUGAUAAAAUGAACGUCUGCUAUCAACUUGAAAAUAUUUAUAAAUCCAGGUCCUUGCUUGUUUUUCACAUCACAAUCUUAAAACGCAUUUGCUUUUGACUGGUGCUGUUAGUCAGUGACUAAGAAUUGCCUGCAAAUACCGAAUGUAUUUCAGUUUUUUUUAACUUGCAUGCACUGCUUCUAUAUUUUAUUUGGAGUUGUGCUUUUGUUUGUUAAUCCUCUGCCUAGCAGGAAGCUUGUGGAGGAAGGAGCAGCGUGAAGAAGGAAGAGAAAACACUGAUUUGCCACAGUGCCUUAUCGUUUCUUUCAGUGUCAUAAAAAUUCUAAACAUCUGCUGAAUUUCCAAGAUCUCUCAUCAGCAGACACUGGCUUGCAUUUUGAAAAUUGAAUUCUUAGAAUAAUCCAUGUGAUUUAUUUGGCGCUGCUGAAUUAAGUAGUAUUACUUUAAGGAUGCACCAGGUCUUUUGCCAAGCCUUGGUAAGCAUUUUGACCUCUUUAAAUGUAUUCAAAGGCUGUUAUUUCAGCAUUUGAGAAAGAUAAAAUGAGCUACUGGUGACAAAGACCUUUUGUGUUUUUCAUAUUUGUUGCAGAAGCAGUUUGGUUAAUAGCACACAGUCAAACCUGUAUUUUUUUUUAACUUUUAUUAAAAUCUGAGUUGUACAAUU